AUGGUGUACCCCGGUGGUCAAGGAGGACACGAAGCUCGCGAUGCUGAUGUGGAGAAGGACCUCGCGGGGGUGACGAAGGCGGUGCUGGACCAGUACGAGGCGCGGCCGGAGCUGCACCACGAGUACCUGUACUACGUGAGCAACGCCCGGGUGUCGCCGAAGGAGAUCGUCGCGGCAGUGACCAAGGUGACGGGCAAGCGCGCGGCGUACGUGACGCUGGCGACGAUGGGGGUGCCGGACCGCGACAUCAUGUUCCGGCUGUACAAUGAGAUGGGCAUGUAUGGCGGGAAGGAGAUCCCGGACGAGAACGUCCUCGCGCUCGGCGUGGAAUUGCACUCUGUCGAGGACUUCAUUCGUGAGCGGCUCGCGCCGCACCUCGGGCUGCCUGUCGUCGGCUAG